AUGAUGAACAUGCUAAAGUCAGGGAUUAGCACCUCACAGAUAUUUAGUCUUCUAGCUAGUCAAGUAGGCGGGUACGAAUUUGUUGGCUAUGGUCCCAGAGAUAUGUACAAUGAGAUUGCUCGGCAAAGGCGUCAAAUUCCUGGUGAUGCAGCACGAGUGUUGAAGAAGUUGGAGGAUAUGCGGUUGAAGGAUCCACAAUUAUAUUUCAAGGCAUGUCACGAUUCAAGAGGUUUGUUACGUAAUUUGUUCUGGUCUGAUGGGAUUAGCCAACUAGACUACCGACUCUUCGCGGAUGUUAUUGCUUUUGAUGCUACGUACAAGAAGAACAAGUAUAGUUGUCCAUUAGUCAUAUUCAGCGGGGUUAACCACCAUAACCAAACAAUUGUUUUUGCUGCUGCGUUAAUUGCGGACGAAACUACUGAUACAUAUAUUUGGCUCCUGCGUCAGCUCAUGUUUGCAAUGAGGGGCAAGGCCCCUACCUCAAUCAUAACUGAUGGGGCCAUGGCGAUUAGGAAUGCAGUGAGAGAUGUAUUUUCUGAAGUCAGACAUAGUUUAUGCGCUUGGCACCUUAUUCGAAAUGCAACUAGCAAUGUUGGAAAUCCAUCGUUUACAUCUAAAUUCAGAAAAAUCAUGUUGGGAGACUACGAGAUUCCCGUGUUUAAGCGUAAGUGGGUUCAGCUUAUUGAAGAAUUUGGCAUUGAGGAUAAGCCGUGGGUGAUCAACAUGUACGAAGAGAAGCAUAUGUGGGCUACUGCAUAUCUAAGAGGAAAAUUCUUUGCUGGCUUUAGAACUACAUCAAGAUGUGAAGGUUUACACUCAGUUGUGGGAAGGUAUGUGGGGUCGCGGUAUGAUUUGACAAGUUUUGUAGAGCAUUUUCAAAGGUGUGUUGCACACAUGCGCUUUAAAGAAUUUAAUGCUGAUUAUGAAUCUACACGUGGGGUGCCCGUCAAGCAAACUUGUAUAGAGCUGCUAGAGAGAUAUGCUGCUGAGUUAUACACUCACGAGAUAUUUCUUUUCUUUCGGCCAUUUCUCUCUAGAGCUGGAUCAAUGUGGUUGCUAAACAUAGAUAAUACCGAUGAUUGCAUAAAGUACAUUGUGUGUAAGCAUGGGAGGCCCGAUUUAUUGUGGACCGUUGAUUUUCGUCAAGAAGAAAUGAUCUUCAUGUGUACCUGUUUAAGAAUGGAGUCAUUUGGUAUUCCUUGCGAACAUAUUGUGAAAGUUCUGGUUGACAGAGACAUCUGUGAGAUUCCCCGAUCAUUGGUAUUGGAUAGAUGGACAAAAAAGGUUAAAUCAGCACUCAAUGAUCCAAGUGGGUUCACCAGGGAUGCUGUUGUUAUUAGUCGUCAAAGUGCCUUGGUGAAAUUUUCUAAACAAUUGGCUGCUGUUGCUGCUAAAGUACCAGAGAGAUAUGAAGAGACACGUGACAUAAUUAUGGGAUUGUACUCAUCUUACAAGGCUGCAGACGAAGGCACUAAUCAACCUCAGUCAGGUGUAGCUAGAAUUAGCAAUCCGUAUGUGCAUCAAACCACUGGAGGCUCAGGACAACCAUCUAAGAAGAAGAAGCGGCAACGUUGUAGUGUUUGUCAAAUGGAAGGACAUAAGAAGACAACAUGUCCUUGGCAAAAGAACAUUAACAAAAACGUUAUAGAAAAUGAAGCUAACGGUUCGGACGAUGGCGACAUGUGUACCGAAGCGACGGCUGAUUUAGAUAGUGAUAAUUAG